CUCACCCCUUCUAGGGUUACCGUUACCCAACCAACCCAACGAUCUCAAAUGCUCGUCGGAUGGCCAUGAAGCGAGACUUCCCGGAAUCGGAGAAGCGCCUCUGCGGCGGGUGCGGCUCAUCCGAGCGGUGGCUCCUCCACUACAUCCGCCUCCGCGGAACCUUCCAGCGUCUCUGCACCAACUGCCUCCUCAAGAAUCACCCGGGCCUCUUCUGCCCCGUCUGCCUCGACGUCUUCGACUUCGACCACCCGCCGCCGCCGCGCGACCGCGUCAUGUGCGUCAAGUGCCCCUCCAUCGCCCACAACGCCUGCGCCAACUGCGCCUCCUUCGAGUGCCCUCCCUGCUCCCAGUCCUCCACCUUCUCCUUCUUCAACUUCGACCGCGACGCCGCCGCAUCCGGCGGCGGCGCCGCGGCGCAGCUCCUCGGGAGGGAGUCCGCCAAGGCGUUCGUGGCCGCGGCGAAAAUCGCGGCGAAUUCGAUGAAGAAGGCCGCCGCCGCCGCCAGGAGCGACGCCGAGCGCCGCGUCAAGGAGGCGGUGUCGGCGAAGAAGCGGGCCAGGGAGGCGCUGGAGGUGCUGGCGUUUCUGGUGAGUAAAGAGAAGGUGGAGAAAGGUGAGAUGAAUUCCGGUAGAGUGGAGCAGCAGAAGGCGAAAUCGGAGACGACGAAUCCGGCUGCAAUGCAGGUUCUGGCCAGUCUGGCUACUUCUAUGGCGGCAGAGGGAACCAAUGGGGUGCGACCGAAUCAGUUGCAGAGCAAUGAUAUGGAGGAAGGAGGUGAUCGAGUCAAGGAAGGAGCUUGAGCAGGUUUGGCAUGUGCAUUGUGUAGGAUGAUGAUGAUGCUCAGUUUCAGCUAUUGCCUAGUUGGUGAGUCUCUUUCUUAGUUGCAUUUGUUUUUAUUCAAAUUUGAUGCGGUGCCUGGGAAUUUUUCCGGUGACAUUAGAGAUCGUUUGUUGUUGUGUACUCGUUUUUCCAAUACAGUUUUGUGUAGCUGAUUAUCAUCAAUGUUACUCUCUGGUCCGCUCUGUAUCUACUCUGCUUUUGACCUGUUUAGCAUGAAAGGUUUUGUGGUGCAUUGGCUAUGAAUUUCUACAUGAUCCGUGUGAUGGCCUUUUGCUUGUUUGUUUAUUAUGUAUUAUCUUUUGCUUUAAAAGUUAAUAUGAGGAGAAGCUAGUAGUAUGGCAAUCUGGCAUUCAUCAUAAGUUCGGGAGAAAUUUUGUUUUCAUUACUUUGAAUUUAUUUUCUCUUGCUACUUCAUCGUGUCCAUUUCAUGGCCUUCUUUUAAAUCACAUUGGAACUCCCAACUAUAUAAUGUUACAUGGAGUCAAGUUACAUUGUGGAGUAGGUAUUUCUGAUAACAAAUGCUGUGUUCAUAUGAUACUGGAUUUCGGUAAUUC